AUGGUUUCCAACCAGUAUUACGCACUUGUCGCCGGUAUCGGCCCAGGGACAGGACGGGCAGUGGCAUUGAAGUUCUCAAAGGAGUAUCCAGUGGUGUUGUUGUCAAGAAGGACAGAAAGUUUCACCGAUGUUGUAGAAUACAUUCAUAAGAACGGAGGCAGAGCUCUUGGCAUCGCAGCCGACGCAACGGACGAAGCCUCUCUCGCAAAGGCCUUGGAGACGAUCGAGCAGCAACUUCCGGGACUCCAGCUGGUCGCGGCUAUCUACAAUGUUCGUCCUAACUCCCGGCCCAGCAGGCGUCCUUUCCUGGACCUGAAGAUUGAAGAUCUCGAUACCAGCUUGCAUGGCAAUGUGCGUGGUCUGUUUUACUUUGCUCAAGCCACCAUUCCGAAACUCUUAACGACAGUCGAAAGCAAGCCAGAACAUGCUCCUACAUUCAUUUUGACAGGCGCAACUGCGUCGAUUCGGGGCUCGAAGCUAUGGUCUGUCAUUGCCGCGGGCAAAUCUGGUGCCCGAGUGCUGGUCCAGUCUCUGGCGCGGGAGUUUGGGGAACAGGGAGUACAUGUCGGGCAUGCGAUCAUUGAUGGCAGCAUUGAUGAGCCUGAUGCCAAGUUUGCAGAUGGCAAUGAAGCUACUCCUGAUGGCAAGAUCAGUCCUUACGGCAUUGCUGAAGCAUACUGGAGUUUGCAUACCCAGCAUAGGAGUGCCUGGACGCAUGAGAUUGAUCUGAGGCCGUUCAAUGAGAAAUUCUGA